UACAACUGAAUGAGUCCCAUCAGCUUGCUGCGAGAUCAGACUAACCUCACGUCACAACAGUCUCCUCCCUUCCGUCGCCACGCCGACCUUAUGACUGUCGACGGAGCUGACCAAUAGCGACUGGGAUCCGCACUCCUUCCGUAUCGCGCGGGCCAAUCGGAAUCUGCGAGGGCGGGAUCAACGUGGGCCUGACAGUCAAGCCUGGCUGCUAAUGUAAGCUUUGGAUGGGAUUUUUGAAGCCUUUGCCCGCUGUGUAGUGACUUGCUCCCUGGCUGAGGAGGCAUCAGGACGGAUACCAUAUCCUACCACACCUCUUCUUCGACUUUUGGAUACUCUCCGAGAACUGUUUGAAAGCGGCUUCACUUCAAUUUAGUUAUUACCCUUUUGAACGGAAUGGAUUUUGAAAAGACCUAACCCUGAAUGGUUUGCCGUACUUGUUGAAAAGCUUGCUGCUGGAGUUUGCCAACUUUUGAGAGGCAAGUCGCAUAACGUCUUUCUGGAGAGGAACUAACUAAGAGCCCACAAUGGAUCAAGCCAGCGGUGGGGAUGACCCGAAUAAACCAUCUAAAAAGAAGUCCAGCGAGGACGAGGGUAAAAACAAAAAGCUGAACAUACACAUAAAAACAUUGGCUGAUGAUAUGCGUGAUCGCAUCACCAGUUUCAGGAAAACAGGGAAUAAGAAGGAGAAGCCGCUCAUACAGCACCCGACAGAUCCACUCUCUUACCAAGUUGAGCUGCCAGUUCCACAGCCGCUUUUUGACGACCGCUCCAUGAACCUCUCGGAAAAGGAGAUCAUUGACCUCUUGGAGAAGAUGAUGGAGGACAUGAACCUGAAUGAGGAACGCAAAGCCCCCCUGCGUGGAAAAGACUUGAGCACCAAGCGCGAGAUGGUGGUCCAGUACAUCUCAGCUACUGCCAAAUCUGGAGGACUGAGGAACAGCAAGCACGAGUGUACACUUUCAUCCCAAGAAUAUGUCCACGAGCUGCGUUCUGGCAUCGCGGAGGAAAAGAUGCUCAAUUGUCUGGAGUCCCUCCGAGUGUCUCUCACUAGUAACCCUGUCAGUUGGGUUAAUAACUUCGGUCAUGAGGGUCUUGGUCUUCUUCUGGAUGCUUUGGAGAAGCUGCUGGACAAGAAACAGCAAGAGAAUAUUGAUAAGCGGAACCAGCACAAACUUAUCCAGUGCUUGAAGGCUUUCAUGAACAAUAAGUAUGGACUGCAAAGGAUCUUGGGAGAUGAGCGCAGCCUGUUGCUGUUGGCACGAGCGAUUGACCCCAAACAGACCAGCAUGAUGACCGAGACUGUCAAAAUUCUUUCUGCUUUCUGUAUCAUUGGAGAGGAAAAUAUCCUGGAUAAGAUUCUAGCUGCCAUGACAAUUGCUGCGGAGAGGAACAAUAAAGAGAGAUUUGCUUCAAUUGUGGAAGGACUGGAGAACCACGAAGCCCAGCAGCUCCAGGUUGCUUGCAUGCAGCUGAUCAAUGCCCUGGUCACCUCCCCUGAUGACCUGGACUUCCGGAUACAUCUCCGCAAUGAGUUCUUAAGAUGCGGCCUCAAGAAGAUCCUGCCUGAGCUAAAAGAGACAGAGGAGCUCGACAUCCAGCUGAAGGUGUUCAACGAGAAUAAGGAGGAGGACUCUAUCGAACUCUCCCAUCGCCUGGACGACAUUCGAGCGGAGAUGGAUGAUAUGAAUGAGGUGUACCAUCUCCUGUCCAACAUGGUGAAAGAUACUGGCUCAGAGGCGUACUUCCUGUCAGUCCUUCAGCACCUUUUGCUCAUCAGGAACGACUAUUACAUCAGGCCUCAGUAUUACAAGGUGAUAGAAGAAUGCGUGUCUCAGGUGGUCCUGCAUCGCAAUGGCAUGGACCCCGACUUCGGCUACAGUAAAAGAUUGGACGUGGACUUCACCCAUCUGAUUGAUCAGUGUGUGGAUAAAGCCAAAGUGGAAGAGAGUGAGCAGAAGGCUGCAGAGUACUCCAAAAAGUUUGAUGAGGAGUUCAGCGCACGGCAGGAGGCCCAGGCCGAGUCUCAAAAGCGAGAGAGAAUCAAAGAGCUGGAGGGGAAGAUCCAGGCUCUGGAGUCUCAGAUAGCAGCGGGUCCAACUGCACCGGGAGCACCACCUCCGCCACCCCUAGUGGGGGGUGCAGCGGCUCCUCCACCACCACCUCCUCCCCCACCUCUACCUGGUGGCUGUCCCCCCCCACCUCCUCCUCCCCCCCCUCUCCCUGGGCACACUGGCAUUCCACCACCACCUCCACCACCUCCUCCUCCUGGCGGAGGACCCCCGCCUCCUCCACCACCCCCGGGUGCGGGCCCCCAACCUCCUCCGCCUUUCUUCGGGGGCGCAGGUGGGCCUCCACCACCUCCAUUGCCUGUCAUCAAGCUGCCUUAUGGACUGGAGCCCAAGAAGACCUACAGGCCUGAAACCGUGAUGAAGAGGGUGAACUGGACCAAGAUAGUGCCUCAGGAAAUGGCAGAGAAUUGCUUCUGGAUCAAAGUCAAAGAAGAGAAGUUUGAGAAUCCUGACCUAUUUGCUCAGCUCUCCCUCUGCUUCUCCUCGCAGAGCAAAGUGAAAAAAGAUGUGAACGAUGAGACCGAUGACAGAAUGCAACAAUUCAAGAAAAAGGCGAAAGAGCUUCGUAUCCUGGAUUCCAAAACCGCGCAGAAUCUUUCAAUUUUCUUGGGCUCGUUCCGCCUGCCUUAUGAAGAGAUCCGGGACAUUGUGCUGCAGGUGGACGAGGAUAGACUGAGCGAAUCACUCAUCCAGAACCUGAUAAAGAACCUGCCGGAGCAGAAAGAGCUGAAUGCGCUCGCAGAACUAAAGGGUGAAUAUGAAGAGCUAGUGGAGUCGGAGCAGUUUGGCAUUGUGAUGAGUUCAGUCAAACUCCUACGACCGCGUCUCAACGGCAUUCUGUUCAAACUGACAUUUGAGGAGCAGGUGAAUAACAUUCGGCCGGACAUCAUGAAUGUGACAUUUGCCUGUGAGGAGGUGAAGAAGAGCGAAAGCUUAUGCAAACUCCUGGAGCUGGUGCUGCUGGUCGGCAAUUACAUGAACGCCGGCUCAAGGAAUGCCCAGACGUUUGGUUUCAACAUCAGCUUUCUCUGCAAGCUACGAGACACUAAAUCCAUCAGUCAGAACACGACACUUCUUCAUUUCCUUGCUGAGAAGUGUGAAGAGAGUCACCAAGAGAUUUUGAGGUUUCCAGAUGAACUGGAGCAUGUGGAGAGUGCCAGCAGAGUGCCGGCUGAGAUCUUAAACAGCAGUUUGGCCACCAUGGAACGGCACAUCCAGAGGCUUGAGAACGACAUCAAGAACUUCCCCAAGACGGAUGACCAACAAGAUAAGUUUGUGGAAAAGAUGAUGGACUUCUCCAAGCAUUCAAGGGAGCAGUAUGAAAAACUGUCCACGAUGCACAAAAACAUGCAGAAGCUCUAUGAGAGCAUAGGCAGCUAUUUGGCCUUCGACCCCCACUCGGUCAGUGUGGAGGAUUUCUUUGGAGAACUGGCCAACUUCCGCAUCCUCUUCAUGGAAGCAGUGAAGGAGAACCACAAGAAGAGGGAGAUGGAGGAGAAGAUCAAGAGAGCCAAGCUGGCGAAGGAGAAAGCAGAGCGGGAGAAGCAGGAGCGGCAGCAGAAGAAGAAGCAGCUGAUUGACAUGAACAAAGAAGGAGAUGAAACUGGUGUGAUGGAUAGCCUAAUGGAAGCUCUACAGUCCGGAGCAGCCUUCCGUGAUCGGCGAAAACGUACACCACGCAAUGGUGAUCAAAGCCCUUCCAGUCCAUCCUCUCGUUGGCCGGGUGCUAACUAUGGUAACAGAACCCUAGACAACCGUCGCGCAGUCCUGGAAAGGUCUCGUUCGCGCCACAACGCAAAUCACCAAGCUCGAUGAUCGCCCACGCCGACCACAAGACGCUAGAUGAGUGCCAAAGAGGCCAAAGAGGUGGAGACCUGGAUGGCGUCUAAAGGAGGGACAGAGCACCCGUCUCUGUAGCGCGCACUCACUCAUACACCCAACUGUGGAACAAAAGAAUACCGAAAGAAUCCACAGAGAAUGCAUCUCCACUACAUCAUUUACAGACAUUUCAUUUUUUUUUAUUUUCAUGCCGUUCAUCUGAUGCCUUACAUAUUUAUUCAACACUUUCACUCUAAAUGUUCAUGUACUCUCUCGAUGGUUUUGAUUUAUACAAACAAAUCAACAAAACAUAUUUUUAGGGGUGCUAGUGUUUUUAAAGAAAAGGUUUGCUGUGCUUGGAAAUCCAUUUUGAGUCGUGUCGGUCUCAACUUCUUCUCAUCCUUUUUUUUUUUUUUUUAAAACAAAAUACUACAGUUCACAGACAGAUUUGACAUGAAACAUCAAGUGUUUUGAAAAUAAACAUUAUGUCAAGAA